AUGCCGGUGCCAGAGCAGCCCGCCGAGCAGGAGAAGGGGGCCAUGGUUCCCCCGGUGAUGUCUGCCUCUAAUGGAGACAGGUCAGAAACGGAGACAACCUCUUCCAUCCUGGCCUCAGUCAAAGAGCAGGAGCUUCAGUUCGAGCGUCUUACCCGGGAACUUGAGGCCGAGCGUCAGAUUGUUGCCACCCAGCUGGAGCGAUGCAAGCUGGGAUCAGAAGCCGGCAGCAUGAGCAGCAUCAGUUCGGCAGAUGAACAGUUUCGUUGGAAUGCUCAAGAUGGACAAAAGGAUAUUGAGGAUGAAUUGACUACAGGUUUGGAGUUGGUGGAUUCCUGCAUUCGCUCCCUCCAGGAGUCAGGAAUCCUUGAUGGUGUCGAACGACCGGCGCUCCUCUCCCAGAGUUCCUUGCAGCUCAACUCCACCCCGGAGGCUUCGCUCCAGUACUCUGCCAGCUACCAUAGCAACCAGACCCUCGCCCUUAGCGACAACAUCUCCGCAGGAUCUCCUCAGCGCAGCGGGCAGGUUGGAGGAGCCGUGCACAGCUAUAACCAGGUGACAUCGAGCCGUGCAGCCCAGCAGCAACAAUCACAAAGUGGGGCAGGGUCGGGAAUCUACUACUCAAGCUCCACCUUACCUGCCCAACGUGUCAAUUCCCCUCUGUGUGGUGGAGGAGGGGGUUCCGGGCCGGGGUCCCCCAACAAACUCCAACGCCUGGGUUCUGCCUCCGAUUCUCUAGGGUAUUCGACCACACAACGCCUGCCUUCCUCGUCCUCAUCUUCCUCUCCCAGCAAACAGUGUCCUGCUAAUCGACUGGCUAAGUCAUUCAGUACCAACGUUGCCGUGACGACAGGUGGGGGUGGAGGUUCUCCCCUGAGGUUAGCCUCUCCACCCAAUUCGACUGGCGGAGGGGCAGGCUCAUCAUCGUCCCCCUUACAUCAGAUGAGCUCCGGCAUCGGCAGUUAUGCCACUUUGUCUCCCAAACGACUUGCAGCUCACCACGCGUCCGACCAGUACAAGAUUUCCCAUGAGCUCUACGCAACUGCUACACUCCAGAGACCCGGCAGUCUAGCAAGCUCUCGUGGCUCCUACAGUAGUCAGCACAGCCAGGAGCCCCUCCGACCCUUGGGUUCCCCCGAGCACCAUAUAGACCCCAUAUAUGAGGAACGCGUGUACCACAACAAGGGUCCCAUGAGGAGCCUAAGCCAGAGCCAAGGGCCUGACUCUGACUUGUCCUACCGUUUCCAUGACCACGUCCUAAGUUAUGUCCUUUGUCCCUACUUUCCUGCCAUAGCUCCCUCCUCCCCCGGUGUCGACUCCACCCCUUUGCAGCGAACAGGAAGUCACGGCACCGGGACUGGAAAUUAUAGCCGUGGCGGGACCAACAACUAUGCCACCGUGGGACCUGGAUACACCACAAGCGGGGGAGGAGCAGACAUGUACGGAUCGGACCCCUUCGUGGCGGACCCUUACCGUACACUACAGUACUGCCCUUCGGUGGUGGAAUCACCGUACAGCAAGUCGGGGCCUGCCUUGCCACCGGAAGGAACCCUUCAACGCUCACCUUCUAUUGACUCCAUUCAAAAGGAUCCCAGGGAGUUUGGCUGGCGAGAUCCGGAGCUACCAGAAGUCAUCCAGAUGCUGCAACAUCAAUUCCCAUCCGUGCAGUCCAAUGCUGCGGCAUACCUUCAACACCUCUGCUUCGGAGACAAUAAGAUCAAAGCUGAGAUCCGUAGACAGGGGGGCAUCCAGCUGCUGGUGGACCUGCUGGAUCACAGGAUGAGCGAAGUUCACCGCAGUGCCUGUGGAGCUCUAAGGAACCUGGUGUACGGCAAGGCCAACGAUGAGAAUAAAGUAGCCCUGAAGAACUGCGGAGGGAUUCCUGCGCUGGUCCGCCUUCUGAGGAAGACAGGCGAUGUUGAAAUCAGAGAGUUGGUCACAGGCGUCCUGUGGAACCUGUCGUCGUGUGACGCUCUAAAGAUGCCAAUCAUCCAGGAUGCGCUGGCCGUGCUGACUAACAGCGUCAUCAUCCCCCACUCCAACUGGGACUCCUCCCCCAAUCACCAUGACGACCGCAAGCUCCAGCUUCAUACUUCCCAGGUUCUGCGAAAUGCUACAGGUUGCCUCAGGAACGUCAGCUCCGCAGGUGAGGAGGCGAGACGGAGGAUGCGAGAGUGCGACGGCCUGACGGACGCUUUACUUUAUGUCAUCCAGACCUCUCUUGGCAGCAGUGAGAUUGACAGCAAGACUGUGGAGAACUGCGUUUGCAUCUUGAGGAACCUGUCCUAUCGCUUGGCAGCUGAGACGUCACACGGUCAGCAGAGCGGCUUGGAGGAGCUGGACGGCCUCCUCUGUGACUCCAACGGUCGUGAUGGAGAGAGCUCGGGCUGUUGGGGAAAGAAGAAGAAGAAAAAGAAGGCUGGCGAUCAGUGGGAUGGCGUCGGCCCCUUUCCAGACACAGUGGAUCCACCCAAAGGGGUUCAGAUGCUCUGGCACCCAACAAUUGUUAAACCCUACCUCACCCUUCUGUCUGAAUGCUCCAAUCCGGAUACACUAGAGGGAGCAGCUGGAGCCCUGCAGAACCUGGCUGCUGGCAGCUGGAAGGUAAUGAUGAUGAUGUUACCGUGGUCUGUGUACAUCCGGGCUGCUGUUCGUAAGGAGAAAGGACUUCCUAUCCUGGUGGAGUUACUGCGGAUCGACAAUGACAAAGUUGUGUGCGCUGUAGCCACCGCUCUCAGAAAUAUGGCGCUGGACAUCCGGAACAAGGAGUUAAUUGGGAAAUACGCAAUGCGAGAUUUGAUCCAUCGGUUACCAGGCAGCAGCAGCAGUAACAACAAUGCCACCAGCAGUGGGACCUCCGGUACUACAAGUCCGCCCAGCAAAACCAUGUCUGAUGACACGGUCACUGCCAUCUGCUGCGCACUUCAUGAAGUUAUCACCAAGAAUAUGGAGAAUGCCAAAGCCCUCCGCGAUGCUGGCGGCAUAGAAAAACUGAUCGGCAUCGCUCGCAGUAAAGGAGACAAACACUCGGCCAAGGUGGUGAAGGCGGCCUCACAAGUGCUCAGCAGCAUGUGGCAGUACAGAGACUUGCGUUCCCUCUACAAGAAGGAUGGAUACUCGCAGUAUCACUUUGUGGGGUCUGCCUCCACAAUAGAACGAGACCGACAGAGGCCAUACUCAUCUUCUCGAACUCCCUCCGUGUCCCCCAUCAGGACGUCCCCAAACAACCGUUCUGCGAGCGCUCCAGCUUCUCCGAGAGAAAUGAUGAGUCUGAAGGAACGCAAGAUGGACUACGAUUCCACUGCAACCAACGCAGGUUUCCAUAGCAACAAAGGCGAGCACACAUCCCGGAAAGAUGGCAUGGCAGUUUCAUGUGGAACGUCGACAUUGUUCCGAAACUCAUACCUGACUGCCAGUGAUGAUAUCAAGCCAAAUCAGGCUCCAGUUCAACCCUGCACCAUGGUCCCCCAGCCUCUGCAGGACAGUCCGUCAACAGUCGUGCUAAAAGACUACGACCAUUACCCGCCCCCUCCCUCCUUCCCCCAGCCUCUGCCUCCGCAGCCUCCUCCUCACAGCCAGAGCCGGAGUUUCGACGAGGCCUACUACGAGGACCAGGGACAACCUCCUCCGAGCCAGCCGCAGGUGCAGACGCAGGCCCAGCCUCAGGCCCAACCCCAGCAACCUCCCAGCACCGCCGGCCCGCCCCGGGACCCACGAGAGGACCUGCGCAUGCACCUGGGCCUAAAAUCCACCGGCAACUAUGUAGACUUCUAUUCAGCAUCGCGGCCAUACAGCGAACUAAACUACGAGACCAGCCACUAUCCAGCCUCACCUGACUCGUGGGUCUAA